AUCUGUCCCUUCCAGCUCACAAACAUCUUCUACUACACUCACCAGCACCAUGAAGAGUUCCACUGGAACCACGCCAACGGGGACACCCUCCCACUCUACACAAACAACCACAACUUUAUCUCCUACAGCCUCGAGUCAGAGCACAACUCGAGCCUCAUCUACUGGUCCCAACACCUCUUCAGUCACUCCACCUAAACACACAACCACUGCACCCAUUUCUAGACCAUUCACCACAACUACAAGCACAACUAGCACAACCAUUCCCCAAACUGGUUCUGUCCCUACAGGGACCACCAUAAAACCUACAGGCCCUAGCACUGCUGGGAUAAUGUCAACAACUGGCACACAAUCAGGCACACACACACAGCACAGCACAACCAUGCCUUCCUCUUUCCCGACAUCCACCACUCUCCCUCACACAACAAUGACCACCUCAUCUGUCCCUUCCAGCUCGCAAACAUCUUCUACUACACUCACUACGGCGACCGUGAAGGGUACCACUGGAACCACGCCAACGGGGACACCCUCUUCACAUACAACCACAACUUUAUCACCCACAGCCUCGAGUCAGAGCACAACUCGAGCCUCAUCUACUGGUCCCAACACCUCUUCAGUCACUCCACCCAAACACACAACCACUGCACCCCUUUCUAAACCCAUCACCACAACUACAAGCACAACUCGCACAACCAUUCCCCAAACUGGUUCUGUCCCUAUAGGGACCACCAUAAAACCCACAGGCCCUGGCACUUCUGGGAUAAUGUCAACAACUGGAACACAAUCAGGCACACACACACAGCACAGCACAACCAUGCCUUCCUCUUUGCCGACAUCCACCACUCUCCCUCACACAACAAUGACCACCUCAUCUGUCCCUUCCAGCUCACAAACAUCUUCUACUACACUCACCAGCACCAUGAAGAGUUCCACUGGAACCACGCCAACGGGGACACCCUCCCACUCUACACAAACAACCACAACUUUAUCUCCUACAGCCUCGAGUCAGAGCACAACUCGAGCCUCAUCUACUGGUCCCAACAUCUCUUCACUCACAAACAUCUUCUACUACACUCACCACGGCCACCGUGAAGGGUACCACUGGAACCACACCAACGGGGACACCCUCCCACUCUUCACAAACAACCACAACUUUAUCUCCCACAGCCUCGAGUCAGAGCACAACUCGAGCCUCAUCUACUGGUCCCAACACUUCUUCAGUCACUCCACCCAAACACACAACCACUUCACCCCUGUCUAG